ACAGUAUAUUUUCAGGACCAUUUCAUGUCCGUUAUUUACUUACAUCGCUGUUCAUCUAAUUCCUAAAUGGAGCAAUCUCCAAGGCAAAGGACGCUAAGCGAGCAAUCCUAUUGUCCUAGCGCUACACAUAUGACCAGAUGAAGUCUGUUAAAAGCGAAUUCCGGUCAUCCAAUGUAAAAAACUUUAACAAGGUGGUGUCUGAGCAAGUGGAUCCAGUCUACCGGGAGUAUUUGAUGCAGCUGAGAGACAGGAAUCGCAUACGUUUCCUGAUACAGAGGCGGAGUCGUGAAUCCAUACGUCGAAUCAGACUGGAGCAGGGUUUCAAUUUAUACCUCAAUUUGCCACUUCCUAAUGAGGUGACUGACCACCAAAUUGGAUGUGAAAAAGUCGCUCAUUCAGCUCGUGGACCAAAACUUUCACACGUAAGUCUUUUUAGUGAUUGUCCAGAUGGCCGGACAAAGCGAACGACAAGUGCUCCAGUGAAAGGGAAGCGUCCACAGAGAAGAAAAGUGUGGGGUGAAAUGUUUAUGCCCUCUUCAAACGAUGAAUGCAAAGUACAGGAGCGCUCCUUUCAUUCACCUGCUGUUUUUCCCACACCCAUGGAGGUUGUGACUCCUCAGCUGAAUAGUCUGUGUUUACAAGAUGCACCUGUUAUCUUUGACCAACCUAGACUUGAUAGUAGUGAACUUAUGUCUCUUCAUAGAAUCUCGUUUACGUUUGAUGUUCUCAGUAAUUUGGGCGAUGAGAGGGAGGUCUGCGUGGAAGCUAUACAAUUGUCAAUAGAUGAACGGAGUAUGAUUCCACUUCAGGCCGACGGCAUCCGAUGUACUCUUUUGUGUAAUUCCGAAGAGGAGGGACCGGAGCUGUAUUGUCCUGGAGUUCAGAAAAUUUUGACCACGCUAAGCAAUACCACAGACGCAGCCAGUGUGUGGAGCACUAGUGUUCAUAACAUUCCUUUUCGAUUACACGCUCAUUUCGCUGUGUCCAAAAGACAAGGAAGUGCAAUACAGAACGUUUUCUUAAGCAUUGCUAACCCGUCUGUGCCCAGUAAGAAAAAAGCUGGUAUUGGUUUAUUUCGGGUGAAUCUUACUCUCCCUUACUCAUCCAAAGUCACUGUUUUUCACGGCGAAGCAAAGAAAGCCGAUGAUGGUGGGGUGAUUAUUUUCACAAUACCAAUUAACGGCUCUUCAAACAUUCCGUUAAAUGAGACGCCCGCAAAACAGCAGUCAGAUAUUUGCAACACGACAACCCAUUCGGAAAACCUAGUCCAGCCAAUAAGUGGAAAAUCGAGAUACACUGACCCUUUUUCCAGUUGGUUUGAUGAUAUUCAAUCAGGGCGUUGUGGCGUGGCACUGGACAUAGAGAAACCAGAUUUGAUGCAACCGAGCCGUAUGGAAAUUAUCAGGAAGAAUAUAUUGACAACCGGACGGGCACUUCUUAACUCGUUACUGGAGGAAUCUUGGAACUCAUUGGAAUUCUUUGACCAUUUUCACGCUGGUCGCAUUGCCUCAGGGCUAGAUUAUUUUCCCGCUGAGUCCUGCGAAAGAUUCACUGUUAAUAAAAGUGGUAUUUGCGACAAAGCGGAAAAGGUGGAAGACACCCCUAGUGAGUCGAACGAAUGUGUUUUGACACAUACAAAGGACGGAGAUAUAUCUGCGUUCUUAUCGAAAAUUCCGUAUCCCGCCCGACCAUUCAAUCUGGACAUCUGCAUCCCGGAGUUGCCUGAAGGACGAACCCUAAUCUUUGAUAUUGUGAACACGUGGGGUGAUGCAUACUAUGUGGGUUUAACUGGAAUCGAGGUGUUCACUUCUGAUGGGACAAAUAUCACAUCUUUUUGCCAAAUUUCAGCUGAGCCUUCGGACAUAAAUAUACUUCCGGAAUAUGGGCAUGAUCCGAGAGUUGUAGAGAACCUUAUAGAUGGCAUUAAUUGGACAAGAGACGACACACACAUGUGGCUUGCUCCUUAUACAGCUGGGGCCAGACAUAUAAUAGAGCUAACACUUCCCGCCUGGUCCAGUCCCGUUGCUUUAGUCCGGAUAUGGAAUUAUAAUAAAUCCCGAGUACACACUUCCCGAGGUGCACGUGAUGUGAUCAUCUAUCUUGAUGUUAAUCCCAUAUUCAUGGGGGAGAUCCGUAAAGCAUCUGGACUUGAGUCUGGUGAAUUGGAGGAUUUUAGUGAGACCAUACUUUUUACCACUGACGAUGCGAUUCUGGAAAAAGUGGCUCAAAAUGACUCAGCGAUUCAAUGCCAAGGAGCCCAAAUGGUGGAAAUUUCUUUAGAGGAACCAACAACAUGCCCUUUGCUUGAGGAUAAAGAAAAAACUGUGCACAAUUUUGACAAUUCUGUCACCAGUGACAUACGUAUAAACAAGGCGUUAAAACGGUUAUCACUGUCAUGCAAUGAGAAGGUCGACUAUAUUGAAAUUACUCUUCUCGAUACAUGGAUAAAGGGAGCUCAAAGAAUAGGCCUAACUGGACUGGAAAUUUUAGACAAAAACCAAGAGCCGAUCCCAAUCCAAGAAAUAAGACUAUGCAAGGCGGACGAACUAGAUCCGCUACCGUUGAACAGACUUUUCGGUCCUCAAAUGGAAACGGAUAAGACAGAGGAGAUGUGGUCCUGUACGUUUACACCUGACUCUCCGCCAAAACUCUGCGUGAAGCUCCCUCCUAAAAGUGAUGCUCAUAGUAUCUGUCUCUGGAAUUACAACGAUCGACGGUUAGGAAAAGACUACGGGGUGAAGUUGAUAAAACUUACAGACAACCUGGGGAACAACUUUUGUCACCGAAGCAAAGGUGGGGUUAUGUUGGUGCGUAGGGCACCGGGGCACACAGAGUAUCCUUUCGGCCAACUGCUGCAUUUAAAAAAAGAUUCAUUUUUAACUCGUAUUAUAACAGCGCCAUCUGUCAACUUAUACAGCGAUAAUAUACUGCCAUACGGCUUUGUUUACCAAGUGAAAAUAUAUUCCAGCUGGUACGACCCGCACUACGUCGGUCUGAAUAGGCUUGAGCUUCUCUCCAUCACAGGAUCCUCAAUCGCAAAGGAACAAUUUUCUAUAUACGCAUCGCCUGAUCCCAUGAUUUCUGUUGAUCAUAACACUAAGAUAUGCAAAAUCGUUCGAAAAGUGAACAAUUCAGUGAGUGACGCAAACAGUGGAUCAAACGUGGAAAACCAUAGCUGGUUUAUACCUUUGCUUCCCGACAAGCUACCGACUAUCCAUAUCAUAUUCAACGAACCAGUCUUACUUGUUGGAAUGCGGAUUUGGAACUGUACUAGCAUAGUAGGACGUGGAGUGCGCGACUUUGCAGUGCUUAUUGACGAGCGGUCUGUAUUCUGCGGUCGUCUCCCAAUGGCGAGACCUAAAGUGUAUCAGACAAGUGAGUGUCCUAGUUCCGAUUCUACGACUUGUGGCGGAACUCAGCAGACAGAAAACGGACUUCUUCAAUGUUCUCUUGGCUACGUUCACGGUCACCCUAUGCCCUAUGUGGUGCCUUUUGACAUUGAUAGGAUUAAACUUCUCGGGAUAGAUAACGGACUUAUUCUACAAGCAACAAAACCAGCAGAAUUGACCGAUAUUCUACCCGUAAGUGACUCAGCGGAACCUACAACAUAUGUUACAGAUCAGGAGACUUUCUUGGAGAAGUCUGGUUUACAUCUCUUUUGCAGUGCAGCUCAUUCAGUCCGGUCAGAAAAACGAGUGUCGGAAUGUAUUAGCUGAUGUCUUAUAACCACAUACGCAGAUACUAUUAAGAAACAGUUCAACUUCCCGAGUGAUGAUCUCAUCUGGCUACAUCGUUGCACAAAUUAUUUGUGAUCAUUAUAUUUAUGCAAAAUCCUUGUGUAUAUUUUUGUUCAGUGCAUUUUCUUGUGUGAUUUCAGUUUUACGGGCAUAAGAGCAAUGAGGUUUCCUUGUAAUUAAACGUUCCAGAUACCAAGAUUAACACCGAACCUUUACGAAAACUGUUGCGUCACACUUUUCAUGAGCUAUUCGGGCUUUAUAUAUUACAGUACUUUGUGCUUUUUCUCGCCCCCUUUCUGGUACGUUUGUAAGUUUUUGCAUGUAUGCAUUCAGUAAGCUUUUAUCUGACCUCGGAAAUGCCAAAGAAAAGUAAAUUAUUUUAUCUUGGCGCAUUCGAACUUGCCACGUGCCAGCUAGGCUAUCACGUGAAAUAACCGCACUGCUUUUAAUCUAUCUUCUUGUGAAAUGGACUGUGUUGUGUAGAGGGUGGACGUUAGUUUAACGGGGGAUCCUUUAGGGUAGAUAGUAGUUCAACGCCUCAUUAGGGGAAGCUGAGUUAUUGGCAUUUCAUUCUCACCUGAAGUGCUUAAUGGGUAAUGAAACCCUUCU